AUGAUGGUGCCGCUUAAAGAGGUGGUGGCAGGUCAUCAGAUGACGGUGCUGCUUCAAGCGAUAGUGGCAUGCCGCCAGAAGAUGGCGCCGUCGGAGUGUUGGUUGCUUCCAACGACUCCCUCGGGUGUAUCGGGCUAUGCGGUGGUUCUGAUGGCUCACCCGUCGUCUUCUUCGUCAUGUGUGGCUGAAGGACAACGUCUGGCGAGGGCGGACUUCCUACGCGGUCGCCUCUCGGGAGUACGGGGUUACCGAAACGACCGAGUUGCUGGUCCGGGCUCCGCUAGGAAGUCCUCGUCAGGGGCUCACUUAUUUCUAGCCUGCUAUGAGGGGCGCAUCAUCACCAAAAUCACAUAA